AGAAGAGUAAAUGCAAUUUAUUAGUUUGUUUACAAAAGUAUUUCUACAAUUCAUGUUUGUUUAUUAUUAUAAAUUAAUACAAUGGUCACACAAUUAGACGAUGUUCGAUUAAUUAAACUGGUACAAUCGCAUCCUAUUUUAUAUGAUAGAAAUCUCGCAAGAGGGCCUAAAACUUCUUCUUUAAAAGAUGAUAUUUGGAAGAAAUUAUCGCUACAGUUAAACUGCUCUGAGCGAGCUUGUAUAACACGAUGGAAAAGUAUUCGCGACCGCUUUGGAAAAGAAUUGCGUAGAGCACAAGAAAAUCCUGAGGAAGCGGUUAACUGGGACAUGUUUGAACAUCUACUCUUCUUACGAGAGCAUUACAAACAUGGACAAACAAACAGCGAAGCUCUACUAAACAUAAAAUAUGAACCCAAAAAAAGAAAACGUGGGCGGAAGCCCCGAAGAGAAUGUGAAGCUGAAGCUGAAGCAUUUAAGGAAGAACGAGAUGAUGACGAUGUGGAUCCUGAAGAAUUAAUUGAAAAUCAACAAUUGAUCGAAUUAGUAAAAGAACAUCCUGUAUUGUAUGAUAAGUAUAAAAUAAGGGACUCGAAAAAUUUGACACUGAAAAAUGACGCAUGGCAUGACAUUUCAGAGAGUAUGGGAAUAUCCGAAGAGAUGUGUUACAAACGUUGGAAAAAAUUGCGGGACCGGUUUGCACGCGAAUAUCGUCACCAGAAAAUUUAUCCUGAGCGAUCUGUAACGUGGGUCUAUUUUCAGGAUUUGUCUUUUCUCGAAGAUCAUUAUAGAAAAGGAAUUCCGCUGCCAGUAGAUGCCAUUAGACAAAGGAAGAAAAUUAAAUCAGCAACAACAACGUCCACAGAUGAGACUUGGGUUGAAGAUUGUCCAUUUCUAUAUGUUAAAGACGGGCAUCAUUCAAACGGCGAAGAUAUAGAUGAUAUUGACCCCGCAUUUAGUGAAGUUAAUUCAAACUCAUUAGAUGAACUAAUAAUAAUGCCCAAAAGUAACGAGUCCUUUAACGAUAUUGUCAUUGAUGAAUCAAUAACACCGCCAGGAAAUACCUCACAGUCCAGUUUUCAAAUGUCUGAAGGAACAAAUUUAGAAGAACCCGAGCAAAAACUUUCAGUUGUUAUUUCAGGAAUUCAACAAGUUUUAGAACAAUCACAAGAGUGCUUGAAAACAUUGCAAAAACAAAAAGAACAACAAAAACAACAAAUGCAAUCCGACGUGAGUUUGUCAAUUAAUACCGAAGUUAGUAUGAUCCAAAAAGUGCAUAUACUACUGGAUGGUUUGAAUUUGCCAAAUCGAACGCUAGCUGAACGUCGAAUAGUACAAUUUCUAUGCGAAUGUCAAAUUAAGACUUUAAACAAUGUGGAUAUAGAAGAUGUGGAUGGUACAGAAGAUUAUUAAUUACAUAAAAAUGAAGUAAAUCUCAACUCUAAUGUUACUAUUGUGGUUAUAUAUUUAUACAUAAAGAUAGUUUAUAAAAAAAAAUAAUUAAAAUUCUGAAUUAAAUAAAAGAAAGUUUAAAGUACUGAA